AUGUCUGCCAGACAUUUGCGGAGGAAGAUCAAGAAAAUCUUGUUCAGGUUGGAUAAAGCUACUUCUGGCAAGCAGGGUCUUGGCAUCAAGGGCCUGCCAAUGAAAAUUGCUGGCCAUCGUUGGAAGGGAAACAAAACUUCAUUUGGUGAUAGUGACGACGAUGAUUCAGCCCAGUCCGAUGAAUAUUCAGAAAUUGAAGAGGACAAUGAGGAACAACCGACUGCUGUUGAAUCCAUAGAGAUAGAGAAGAAUACAGAAAAAGGAUUGCAUGUGGAUGUUAGAUCCAAAACCAAGGUCAAGAAGCUUUGCAAAAGAAUACUUCGUCAGGCCCCAUCUCAGUCGAUGAAAUUGAAGGAUCUUAAGGUAGCCGUUGAAGAACAUUCUAAUGUUGUAUUCUCCAGCUUCUCUUGCAGACGUGAAGCUCUGUUGUUUCUGAAGAAGAAGCUUCAAGAGAGCACAAAGUUCAGCAUAGAAGGCAAGAAAGUACAUCUUGUGUCUUGAAAGCGAAGCAGAUACAAAGUUUUGGGGGGCGGUGCGCUGUUGAGGUUUCCAGUGCUCAUAUUUGUUGUUGCUUGAGAUUUGUAACAGAAGCAGUAGCACAUUGAGCUCUGUAGUAUAGAUAAGGAAUCAAACACUUUCGCAGAUGCGGGAGGUUUGCAAAAUUUCGUUAGGCGCAGAGGUGCUAAUCUACAUAUGUUUGCCUCACAUUCGAUGUAUCUCUAGCUGUUCUGGUUGGCCUGAGUCUACAAACUGCAGAACUAUAGAUUGUAUGUGAUUGUGCUAUGUAUGCUACUUAUUUGCUUGCGAA